AUGGUCCUACGUGAUCACACAGAUGCGGUUAUCUACGCAGCAUGCAGAUGGAUCCGGAACUGCCCGGGCGCACUGGAGGCAGAGCUAUCGGCGUGUGAGGAGGGCAUGAAGCUGGCGUUGCACUGGACUCCCUUGCCUAUCCAGGUCGAGACAGACUGUGCGGAGAUCUUGAAGCUCCUUGAAUUAGGUUCAAAGGAAAGAUCAAGGAAUAUGUUUCAGGUGGCGGCCGUCUCAGAGAUGUUGCAAGAAAGAUCAAUGCAAGUCACAAAAAUAGGUAGAUCACAGAAUAAGGCUGCACAUGCCAUGGCAGCAAUGGGUCGUGGUCAGCAGCAUACGGCUUGUUGGUUAGCAAAUUCCCCCUAG